GAAUUAAAUUUCUGCAUCAACUCUUCUGUAAACUUAAAGAAAAGCUGUCCCAAUGUAGAGAUUCACCGACAUUCCAACAUGGAGCAGUCAUUCGACCUCUUGAAGAAGCGCUCCAAACAUCCACUUCUACUCCAAUCCGAUUCUUACGUGUACAGUUGAAAAUUGGAAAUGAUUCAUCGUAGAAUAGACGUUACAUUUCAAAGUGAUAUUAUGAGCUUAUAUGUUAAGUGAGAGAGAAAGGGAGAUGCCUUACUACGGGUAUAGGGAAGAAGGGCCAGGUUCGGAAUCAAGUGGGGGUUGUUCUGAUUCGGAGGGGGGGAAUUCUGACUCAGAGGGUGGAUUAAGUACGGAGAGCUCGUCGGGCCAAGGGUUACCGUUCCCCGGAUUCACACCUGUCGCUCUGCGGUAUCUGACGCAGGAGACGAGGCCGAGAAGUUGGUGCCUGAAGCUGAUCACCAAUCCAUGGUUCGAACGAAUAUCAAUGCUGGUGAUCCUUCUGAACUGCGUCACGCUGGGUAUGUACCAGCCAUGCGUCGACGACCAGUGCGUUACAAACAGAUGCAAAAUAUUACAGGUCUUCGACGAUAUUAUAUUUGCUUUCUUCACAUUGGAAAUGACAAUUAAAAUGGUUGCGAUGGGAGUAUACGGUCAUGGCACAUACUUGGCCGAUUCCUGGAACCGUCUCGAUUUCUUUAUAGUGAUGGCGGGGGCUGUGGAAUACACAUUGAAUGUGGAAAAUAUAAAUUUUUCUGCCAUUAGAACAAUACGAGUACUACGACCACUGAGAGCUAUCAAUCGGAUACCGAGUAUGAGAAUACUGGUAAUGCUGCUGUUGGACACAUUACCCAUGCUCGGUAAUGUCUUACUUCUAUGUUUCUUCGUCUUCUUCAUAUUCGGAAUAGUCGGCGUCCAACUUUGGGCGGGAAUACUGAGACAACGCUGCGAAUUGGUAUUACCACCAAAUGUACUACGACCAAACAUAUCGUUUCACUACGAGUUCUCCAAAGAAUUGGAUUAUAUUUGCACGACUCCGGAGGACAGCGGUAUGCAUCAAUGCGGCAACUUCCCACCGUAUCGAUACGGGCCUCUCGUCUGCAACGAGACUGCAAAACCCUUCUCUUAUAAUAGACCUACGAAUACGUCUUGCGUUGACUGGAAUCAAUAUUACACGAAUUGUACAGAAAGAGGAUCUAAUCCAUUUCAAGGCACGAUUUCCUUCGACAACAUUGGCUUAGCUUGGGUCGCCAUUUUCUUGGUAAUAUCUUUAGAAGGAUGGACAGACAUUAUGUACUAUGUACAAGAUGCUCACAGCUUCUGGGAUUGGAUUUAUUUUGUGCUAUUAAUUGUGAUCGGAUCAUUCUUCAUGAUCAACCUAUGCCUUGUCGUCAUAGCAACACAAUUUAGUGAAACAAAGAAACGUGAAAUGGAAAGAAUGCGAGCUGAAAGAGCUCGUUUUACGUCAUCAUCUACAUUGGCAUCGUCAACAAAUAAUAGUGAACCUGCUACAUGUUAUGCAGAAAUCGUUAAAUAUGUUGCCCAUUUAUGGAGAAGAUUUAAAAGAAGAAUGGCGAAGAAAAUCAGGGUCUACCGAUACCAAAAAGCUCAGAUACGUUGGCGACAAAGUCGGGAAACUCUUCAACUUCCAGCUAACAAGCCUAAACAACAUCAUCCUUGCUGUCCUCGAGCACAUCCACAGGGGAACGGGGGCAAGGCAGGGACGGGGAUAGGACCGGAGGAGGGGGAAGAGCCGCUGAGCCGACCCAGCCUGUUGCGUGCGCCCUCGCUCUCCGCCGCAGAUCUCGAGAAUGCUUCAAACUUAUCGCUACUCUCGCCGCCGUCGCUGGCGAGACGACGUUCAUCGGUUAUGUUCAGCGAUACAGUGUUGUUACAUACGCCCACCACACCGACGGCGCAUCCACACAAUGUGUGCUCUUCCGAGAAAAUGACGCAAACAGAGUUCGACAUGCCCGCAAGUGACACAGCGGACGAUCGUGCAGCUGCAGGUGGGACUAUGUCAUGCCAAGAACUGCUCGCACUAUCUGGAGCACUCUCAGCAGCACUUCCUACUGGCCAAGUCGCAUUAGAUUCAUUCUUUGAAGAACUAACUAAGGGUAUAAGCAAAAGAGCUGGUGAUGAUAAAUCUGACACCAAGGUUGUCGAAAUAGAAGAUUUUUCGUGUUGUGCUGAUUUAAUAGCGGCGGAAGCAGCGGCAAAGGAAACGAGAAAAAGUCGCGUCUGCAAUCUGUGUUCAACAUUCUGGAAAAGAAUAUCAAAAUUUCUAUCGUUAUUGAGGAAACAUAUUAAAACUGUCGUCAACCAUAAAUACUUUCAACAAGGGAUUCUUUUGGCGAUUCUCAUUAACACACUGUCGAUGGGCAUUGAGUAUCAUAAUCAACCAGAAGAGCUGACAGUGAUUGUAGAAAUUAGCAAUGUUGUAUUUUCUGCUAUAUUUGCUAUUGAGAUGGUACUUAAAAUUAUUGCCGAAGGACCAUUCAAAUAUAUUUCUAAUGGAUUUAAUGUGUUUGAUGGUAUUAUUGUAAUACUGAGUGCAUUUGAACUAGCACAUAGUUUCGGAAAUGACAAAGACAUGGCGGGUAGUUCUGGUCUAUCGGUACUGCGUACAUUUAGACUUUUACGUAUUCUUAAACUUGUAAGAUUCAUGCCGAACCUUCGACGUCAACUCUUUGUUAUGUUAAGGACAAUGGACAACGUUGCGGUCUUUUUCUCCUUACUCGUUCUUUUCAUAUUUAUAUUCAGUAUACUCGGCAUGUAUCUAUUCGGUGGUAAGUUUUGCAAGUACAUCGAAGACAAUGGCACCGAGCGCGAUUGCACUUGCCCCGAGAUUAUUUCGCAUCAUCCCAAGUGUGAAUGCGACAGAAAACACUUUAAUAACAUCCUGUGGGCGACCGUCACCGUGUUCCAGGUCCUGACGCAAGAAGAUUGGAAUGUUGUGUUAUUCAACGGCAUGGAAAAGACAAGUCAUUGGGCGGCGUUAUACUUCGUAGCUUUAAUGACAUUUGGGAAUUAUGUCCUAUUUAACUUGCUUGUAGCCAUUUUAGUCGAAGGUUUUAGUUCCGAACGCAACGAAAGAAGGGAGCGUGAGCAACGAGAAUUAGCGAAGUCAAAAUUGUCUAGCGAAUGUUUCUCAGACCACAACGAAAUACAAUAUGACGAUUCUAAUUCAGGCUCCCAUUCUAGCGACAGUUUUUCCCAGAACGAAAUAAAAAACUUUUGGCGCUCCGCUGAUGACGUCAGAAAAGCAAAAGAUGAUGUUAAUGGUCACAAAGAGAAGGCAAUGAAGUCGAAACGUAAAACCAGAUCCUCAACACAUCAUCCCACAUUAUGCAAAGAUUGCGCACAGUCCAAUAAAUGCAAUUUGCAGAAGGAAUCAAAAAUGCUAGCGAACAACACAGCUACAACAGAGAAUACUACAGUAGUGCCAAUGAUAACGCACACGGCGGCUACACCACAAGACUCGCCAUCAACAACAUUGGAGCCUGGAGCAUCGUUUCGGGACUUCAACAUGGUUUUGAGUCUGGAGAGAUCAUCAAUGGUAUCGAGUCUUGAUUCUAUUGACCGAACAUCAUGCACAAGUAUACCAGGGUUACUCAAACCUCCAAAUAGUUAUACGCUAACAUUACAUUCAGCGGCAGCUCAACUAGGCGCUGAGAAAGCUCGUCUACCGCCAAUGUCCCUAGCACCACCGCCUUUAACAUUAGGUCCUCCACCAACGAGGUCGACGACCCCGGGAGCAACGACCCCAACUACGCCUAGGUCGAUGCCAUCACCAAUGCUACCGGAAAAGAAUCUACAAGUAACUAUAGCUAAAGAAGACAAUUGUCUAAAUGUUAGCGAUAAAUCUAGUCUACUCAGCUCACAAAAAAGCCUCGCUAUAACUACACCAACAGCUAAUGGUGAUGAUAAAUGUCGUGUACAGAGAGGUUACAGCUGGCGCAUAUCUAGACCCAGUUUGCGGCGCAAGAAGCAAAGAACUGGUUCAGAUUCUGAUGCUGUUAUACUUAAUAAUGGUCGAGAUCACACAACUUGUAAUGGUUCAAGUUUACGCAAGAAUGAGAUUCUACUAUCAUCAUCGAUGGUUAUCAAGAACGACACGCAAUCGGAACUGCCGAACAAUCGCAACAAAUCACAACUGCCCGCUUCAAGAGUCCAGCCCACGAGGAGAGUCUCAGCCCAUACAACACCAUUGCUACCUGAUGUUUCAUGGAAAGCGCCAGAAGCAGGAUUUUCUUCAGACUCCACUGUAAGAAUGGAAGCGGUUAAACCAACGCCCCACAGACUUUCCCUCACUAACGACUAUUUGACAGUAACAACCGUAUCUGAAGUCAAAUCAAGUAAUUUGACGCCACCGCCUCCACAACUACCUAUACCGACAAAGCCAGCUCGAAAUGAAAGUGCUGUUUUACCGACACGACCCAACAAUCAACCACUGCCAUUAAUUAAACAAAUAAAUGAAGAGGUUACCAUAUCUAACAAUAUGUGUUUAUUUUCGUCACGAUUUAAUAGACAUCAAUACAGAUUUAAGGAUCUAUUUCGAUUUAUGGAACCAACAGGAUGUUUAAAGGAAAAAGAGGAUUAUUCACUCUAUAUAUUUCCACCCGAUAAUAAUAUUAGGAGAUUUUGCACAUGGAUGGUAACAAGGAGUUGGUUCGAUAACAUCGUCUUGCUGUUUAUUGCGCUCAAUUGUAUCACACUGGCAAUGGAACGACCAAACAUCCCUCCGGAUUCUAAAGAGAGGGCAUUUCUCUCAAGUGCUAACUACGUCUUUACUGGCGUCUUCGCUGUUGAAAUGCUCAUAAAGGUCGUGGCGUCUGGAAUGUUCUACGGACCCGAAGCAUAUUUCACUUCCGGUUGGAAUAUCAUGGACGGUUCCCUUGUCAUAAUUUCAAUAAUUGAUUUAUUGAUGUCUCUAGUAUCGGAAUCGAGUCCUCGAAUUUUCGGAAUUCUCAGAGUGUUUCGAUUGUUGAGAUCAUUGAGGCCAUUAAGAGUAAUUAACAGGGCACCAGGUCUGAAAUUAGUCGUUCAAACAUUAUUGUCUUCACUGAGACCUAUUGGCAAUAUCGUUCUCAUAUGUUGCACAUUUUUCAUCAUAUUUGGCAUUUUGGGAGUACAGUUAUUUAAAGGUGCGUUCUUCUACUGCGAAGGUGCUAAUAUUAAAAAUGUUAAAAACAAAUCAGAUUGUCUAGCUAUUGAAGGAAACGUGUGGGUGAAUCGAAAGUACAACUUCGACGAUUUAGGCAAAGCUCUCAUGUCUUUAUUCGUGCUGAGCUCGAGAGAUGGCUGGGUUAACAUAAUGUAUACUGGAUUAGAUGCAGUAGGAGUCGAUCAACAGCCGAUUGUCAAUUACUCAGAGUGGCGUUUAUUAUAUUUCAUUGCAUUUAUAUUACUAGUUGGAUUCUUUGUGUUAAACAUGUUUGUGGGAGUGGUUGUUGAAAACUUUCACCGAUGUCGCGAAGAGCAAGAGAAAGAAGAAAGAGUUAGACGAGCUGCUAAGAGGGCUCUACAAAUGGAAAAGAAAAGACGAAAAAUGCACCAGAGACCUUACUACGCGGAUUAUGGUCAGAAUAGACUAUUUGUGCAUAACGUCGUAACAUCAAAGUAUUUUGAUUUAGCCAUAGCAGGCGUUAUCGGUCUAAACGUAGUCACCAUGGCUAUAGAAUACUACAGAAUGCCCCCAGCUUUAGAAUAUGCGUUAAAAAUUUUCAAUUAUUUCUUUACCGCUGUUUUCAUACUUGAAGCAGCAAUGAAACUAGUAGCAUUGGGCAUAAAAAUUUAUCUAAAAGACAAAUGGAAUCAGCUCGAUGUAAUUAUAGUUAUCCUAUCCAUAGUUGGAAUAGUAUUAGAAGAACUAGAAACCAAUAUAAUACCGAUAAAUCCUACAAUAAUGAGAGUAAUGAGAGUGUUACGAAUAGCGAGGGUACUUAAAUUACUUAAAAUGGCCAAAGGUAUAAGAGCUUUAUUGGACACUGUAAUGCAAGCUCUACCUCAGGUCGGCAAUCUAGGUCUUCUCUUUUUCCUAUUAUUUUUCAUAUUUGCCGCAUUGGGAGUGGAAUUAUUUGGACGACUAGAAUGUUCUGAUGAUAUUCCAUGUCAAGGUCUCGGAGAACAUGCACAUUUUGCAAAUUUUGGGAUGGCAUUUUUAACUCUAUUUCGUGUGGCAACUGGAGAUAACUGGAAUGGUAUAAUGAAAGACACACUGAGAGAGGAUUGCGACAGUUCCGUGGAUUGUGUACGAAAUUGUUGUGUAUCAACCAUUAUUGCACCAAUCUUCUUCGUAGUAUUCGUUCUGAUGGCGCAAUUCGUUCUCGUCAACGUUGUUGUGGCUGUACUGAUGAAACACCUAGAAGAAUCUCAUAAACAAAUGGAAGAUGAAAUCGACAUGGACGUUGAGCUCGAACGAGAAUUAGAACGAGAAGCUGACGACGAGGAAGAUCGAGCUUUAUGUCGUGCAUUAGAGCAAUGUACCUCACCACCUAGAUCUUUGAACAAAGUGCCAUCUCUCCCAGCAAAUUUCACCUACAGUGAACCUAAACAGCAACCGAUACCCUCACCCAUACGUCGACGUCGCACGCUACAUUCACAUCACGCACUUUUGCCAUCGCCAAUGUCAGUACCACAAAGAAGAGCUUCAUUAUCGCCUCAUGCAUUUGGACGACGUAAUCUAGAAUCUUUUGUAAGCACCCGAGCUGCUUUAUACGAGGAAGAUGCCCGCUUCAUUGACGCUGAUGAUAUUGAAGAAUUAGAGCCCGGUAGUCCACCUAGAAGGGAUUCAUUUGCAAACAAUAGAAGACAACGAGUAGAUAAAAGAAAUUCGUUAAGAGGCGAAGAAGCGCGACUACUAAGGCCGACCCCAGUUCUCCUAACCGUUCCAUCAACUAGGCAAAGUCUAAGACUUACCGGGUCAAAGAAGCGGUCUUCAAUAGAGUCUGCUACGAAUAGUGAUGUAAGUCAGAGUUCUAUAAGAUCCCAUGUAACACCAGAUUCUAUCGACAUACCUAUAAGCGAAGAAGAAAGUAUUAGAAUCGUUAUCGCAGAACGAAGAAAAAUAGAAAAUAUAAGACCAGAAGUAGAUGAUACUGUAGAACUGACGGAAUGUGGGUCCUAGUCCAGGCAGGGCCGGCCGCAACAACAUCAUGAAGUUUACAUCUAAGAUAUGAACGAAUUUCCAUCAAUUCCUUCCUUGCUUCUAUUAUAUUAGACUUUAUAUUCCAACUGGACUGGUAUGAGACGAAAUAAUCUGGUUGUCUAAAUGUGAAGACGAAGAUACGAGAGACAAGUAAUUUUCGACAGUCUUCGCUUGCUACAACCGGUGGGUUGUAGGGUUGGAAAUCACCUGUGCUUGAAAAAUCGUAGUCAACACUUGUGUUUACCCCAUCAUCUUCGCUAUCCUCUUCACUUCAUCAAAUAAUGCGGCCGGUUUUGAUACUUCAUAGACUCUAAUGAAUUUAAUGUUAAGUAAAACGUUAUUGAGUGUAGCGUUAGGACUAGUCAAUUUGUUGUGGUGAGAUGUUUUCUACGUGAACGAAUAAUCCCUUCACUUCAUUACCUUUGUUAUAACUAGUACGGUGCUUAUGGUAAAACUCGUUACACCUGUUAUCAUAUUCCAUGUUGAUAACUAAGAAAGACUUAAUAAAAAAGUAAAGAAUUGAUGGUCAUACAAUAUAUUG